AUGCCUAUUAAGGCGGCGCAAAAGGAGGCUCUGGAGGAGCAUUCCCGCUCCAUCGACAGCUGCUCGCUCAAUUUCUCGAGCGAAACUGACGAGCCGGUGCCCAAGGCGCAGACCACCGACGGCCGAGGGGAGGGCGUCCUCCCUCCGUCGGAAAAUACGUCGGCCUCAGACAGGCGCAGCGCGAGCCCGGAAUCGGAAGUUGUUGCCCGUCUGGAGGGUGAGGUAAAAAAGUCGCGCGAACACAGCGCCCGCCUUGAGUCGAGCAUGAAGCUGAUUCAAGAGGAGAAUGCAGCCUCCGCCCCCGGCUCGAGGAACUCGAAGCGUCUGCGAGCAAAACGUCGUCAGCAGAAGAAAUUAGCAGGACCCUCCAGCGCCCCGCCACAAGCAGUCGCAGGUCCCUCCACGGCCACUAAUGCGGCAUCAAGGACGAAGAGGAGCCUGAAAACAGGAAGGAAGGCGACGGCGCCAGGGAAAAAGGCGGCGCUCAACCCCAAACCCUCCAAAGGAAAGAGGAAGAAGCCGGCCCCACAAGCGCAACCUGCACCGGAGCCCCGCCACUCUGCCGCCGGCCCCGCAUCGAUGGAGACGCCGUGGGUAGAAGUGGUGGGCCGAAACAAGAAGAAGAGGAAGCCCGCUGCAGCGAGUGAACACCAGCCGCGACAGCCGGCGCGCCGGCUGAGCCAAAGUUACGACCGCCACGCUCCGCGGCGGUCGUCAUAA